UUCCCAGAUCUUUGAUUUUGAACUCCCUUGAACAACUUCAAUUGCUUUAUGUCCCCUAAGGAACUCCAUGCAAUCAAUAUAUCAUACAUAUAUACUAACACAACAAGAACUCAACCUUGUGUUCCUUUGACAAAUAUAGAAUAGUCAGAAGCUGCUUGAGAGAACCCAUUUUUCAGUAAAGAACCUGCUAGUUUAGCAAACCACUGUCUACUGGCUUAUUUUAAGCCAUACAGUGAAUUCUUUAACUUGAGAACCAUUCUUCUAUUUGGCAGUUCCAUGCCUGGAGGAGGUUUCAAGUAUACUUCUUCAUGCAAUUCUCUAUGGAGAAAUGCAUUUGAUACAUCCAUUUGAUGUAUAUGCCAGUCAUUGGCAGCUGUAACUGCAGUAAGACUUUAACUAAAUUUAUCUUUGCCAAUGGGAAGAAAGUAUUCAGAAAGUCUAUGCCAUAAAUCUGAGUAAGACUUUAACUGAUUUUGUACACCCAUUUGCAGCCUAUAGCCUUUUUCCAUGGAGGAAGGAAAGCUAGUUCCCAAGUUUGGUUAUCUUCCAGUGCAUCCCUUUCUUAUUUCAUAGUUUCUCUCCAACAAAGCUCCACAGGCUUCUUCAUAAGUUCUAGGUUCCAUAGUUGUCAUCACACUCAAUACAUAGGUUUUAUGUGCAGGUGGCAAGUUGUCAUAUGAGACAUAAUUUUUCAUAGCAUACCUCUGUACAGCUCCAACUUUAUAAUCCUUGUGCCAAACAGGAAUGGCCCUUGAUCUAUCAGACCUUCUUAACACUAGCUCAGGUCCUUCAUCAGCUUGCUCAACUAACUCAUCAGACUUCCCCUUAGAAUGUGGUCUAGGAGCCUCAAAGAAAUCAUGAAGUGGCUCAGGUAGUGCGUUAGGACUAGGAAGAGAAGUGGAAGUAGGUGUUGAAGAAGAAGAGGUAUAAGGAUAAAAUGAGUGUGGUGAAGUAAAGAUGGAUGGAACUACAUUCUGUGGUGGAUGAGAUGAUGAUGAAGGAAAGACGGUUGGAGACUGGGGACAACAACUUCAACAAGACUAGGAAUAGAAGGUGUAGAUUCAGGUAGAAUGGGAUGAGGUGAUUGGAAAGGCAGUAUGUGCUCAUAGAAGAUGACAUGCCUGGAGACAAAGAAUUAGUGUGUGUUGAGGUCAAAGAGCUUAUAUCCUUUGAUUCCUGAAGGGAAACCAAGGAAAACACACUGGCUAGCUCUAGGGGUGAAUUUUGGUCCUAUCUCUGAGCAAGGUAGAAGCAUAUAAUAGAUUGCCAAAAACUUUCAAAUGAGCUAAGUCAGGAGGUUUUUUGUACAUCAGUUCAAAGCUUGAAAGAUUAUCAGUGAGUGUGGCAAUUAAUUAAUGAUGUGAACUGCAUGGAGAAUGAAGUCACUCCAAAACUAUAGUGGAAGCCCUGAUUUAAAUCUAAGAGCUCUAGCCACAUUGAGUAUGUGUUGAUGCUUCCUUUCUGCACGUGCUUUUGUUCUGGAGUUUCAAUACAUGAAAAAUCAGAAAUCAACCUCCCUUAUGCAAAAUGCCCACUCUCCCUUACAUAAACAAUGUGAAGAGAGAAGUUCACUGGUUAGAGAUCACGGGCGUGAUCUUAGAAGAUUGUCUGACUGUCUAUGAUCUCCAAAAUUAUGUCAAUUUCAUUAGUCAUUGCGCAUGAUUUUGACAACCAUGGGACCAGAGAUCACGGGCAUGAUCUCAAAUUCACGGCUAUUACCUGAGAUGACUACCAAUUGGGCUACCCAUAAUCUACCUUGUUUUGAUAAUGAUCCUCUGUGUUUCUUGUCGCUAGAGAUCAUAGCCAAAAAGAGGCGAUUCACUAACGUGAUCUUCAUACUGGUUGGUCGUGAUCUUCAAGGUUUGGUCGCAAUCUUCUAGAAUUUUCUCAUUUUGCUUCCCAAGGCUUGAAUCAUGCCCAAAUCAUUUCCAUUUCUUGGUAGAUUCUGAAAAUAUAGUGAACAGAGCACCCUAGCCUAAAAUGAAUCAGUUAUGGACACAAUAAUGGUUAAAUAAUCAUGAUAACAACUAAUAAUGGGGAUACCUUCCAAGAUUCCAACAGAAGGGUGGUACUGUACAAAAUAUGGUAUGUACACAGUUACAUCUGGAUAUCACCUGGCACGGGAAAUCUCCUUAGUCUCUAAUCGCAAGUCACUAUCUCACAUUAUUGAACCCCCCCCCCCCCCCAUCUGGAAAAAAAACUUGGGAUAUCCAAAUCCCUCCUAAGCUAAAAUUCUUCAUCUGGCAAUGCCUAAAAGUGAUUCUACCUACAGCGGUAGCCCUUGAGUCCUGAUGAGUCAAUUGUCUUACAAGGUGUCCCAUCUGUUAGAGGCAUUGAGAAUUUAUUGAGCAAUUGUUACCCAGUUGUGCUCUCAUAUGGGUUUAAAUGAUUUCAAUGACUCAGUCGCGAUUGUGAAUUGGUGACAUGCAAUGCUUUCUUAGCACCCGCAAACUCAUAUUCUCCAAUGCGUUUUCAUUUUGUGGAGAAUCUAGAAAUCUAGUAAUAAGGUGUUCUUUGAACAUUAUCAACCCCAUGCUCGUACUCUUGCUCGUCAGUGUGCUUUCCAAGUUUUUGAAUUAUUAUUUGUUCUCCAUACCCUUCUGCCUUCGCGCCCUCACCUACCAUCGCCUCUCCCCGUCCUCUGGGAACAUCCUCUUGGUGAUUGCCUGAAGAUCAAUUUUGAUGGUGCUAUUAGUGCCUCUCGUUGUUCGCCUAGCCUAGUGAUCCGAAGGAAAGACAGGCAUGUCAUGUCGGCAAGUGGGCCCCAACACUGUGGAAUUGUUGAUCGCUACCUAGUUGAACUCCUUGCAGCCAUAGAUGUCAUCUCGCUCUUUGUCUCCCAGUCCCUAUCUCGAGACAUCAUAGAAGAAGAUUCUAAAGUAGUCAUUCAGCCCUUCGUCAAGGAGUUUUGGUGGAUUCGCUAGGAGGGCAUGUUCUUCAAGAUUGUCAUCGACUCCUCACCUCGAUUUAUGUUUGUAUAGACUUUAGUGUGGUUUCUAGAACUGCAAACAGGGCUGCCCAUAGAAUGGCGCUAGAAGCCCUGUUGCUAUCUCCUCUAGAGUUAGUUUCCAUUGACUUUGUAGGGUGGUUUCAGUGAGCUGUUUCUUUGGAAGGGUGCCUGGGUGGGUUGUACUAAGUUUUUUUUCUCUCUCCCUUGUCAUUACUCGAAGAGAAAAAACUAAGAAUGUGGAUAUAAAAAUGUCAUAUUUAGGUGUUAACAUUGAUGGCAGAAUUAGUGAAAUCGAUGAGAGAAAUAAUGAGGCCAUUGAGAGAAAGAAAAGACUGUUGAUACGGGAGAUAAUGAAGUCGGCUAUGGAAAUACUAAUAUUGUUAUCAAUGAAGAUUAUGAGGCUGGUAUUGGUGUAGCAAUGACAAAGAACUCGAAAAUGUAAUUUUUUGCAACUUUGUACAGCAAGAAGUAAGUUCAAGUUUUGGUGAUCAAGUUUUUUAGAAAUUGAUCCCUUGGAUUUAGUUUUUCAUUUGCAAUCAAUAAUUGAUUUAGAUGUCAGAUAACUCUAUGAUUUUUCUCUAUUUUUUUCUAUAGUAAUUAAAUAAUUUUUUAUUUAUUUUGCUGAAUCAAAUGAAUGUCAUUUGACCUAGACAAAUAAAACUAUACUACUUAUCUUGAAUUCUCAUUAAAGAAUCUUUAGAACACUAUUUUUGACACCUCAUUCAUCAGCUCUCCAUCUUUCAUUCAUUUUUGGAUAAGUAUUAAUGAAUCAAUUUUUUUGGUAUUCUUGUAAUAACUAUACUUUAUUGGGAAAGUUCACAAUAAUGAAUAUGGAGAAAGGGAAAAGCCCUUCAACCGUUCCCAAUAGAAAGUUCUCCCUUUUUCUUCAUAUUCUUCUUCCUCUUGUCAUCACCAUCACCACCAUCCCUCCAGUCUCUUCCUCCACGUCGCCACCAUCUUCUUCUUCAUCAUCUUCCUCUUCCUCCUGCCGCCGCCAUCACCUUUGUUCGCCCUUCUUCCUCCACACCUUACUCUUUCUCACGUCGCCGCCAUCACCUCUCUCCGAUCUUUUCCUCCCGCCGAUGUCCUCCUCCGGCACCGCCGUCCUCUCCGCGUCACCACCCUCCUCUCUCCUAUCACCGCCGCCCUACAGUCACCAUCAUCCGACGCCGCUGCCAGCCUACCACCAUCCCUCGUAGCUGCGCCACCCUCCUCGCCCUCCCACCUCUCCCGAUGAGUUCUAAAUUUCCAGAUCUUCAUUUUCGAUUUUUCAGAUCUAUUUUUUGUACCACUACACCGAUAUUUGUACCACUGCAGUUAAAAUUAUAUAUGAUAUUUAUAUCACUGCACUGGUAGCAAUACCACUGCACUGGUAGCGAUAUCAGCUCCGAGUUAAAUUGCACUGGUAACGUACCAGUGCACUGGUACAUAUAUCAUAUUCGAAUUUAAGUGCAGUGGUACAUCUUUUAAUGUAAUGGUACAUUUUUUGCAGGUGGCAGUAGGGAGUUUCCUAACACAAUUUUCACCAGAGAAGUGUGACGGUCGGAGGAAGCUUGGUAGUUAAAUUAGUUAAAUGGUUCAAGUUUGGUCACUCUCCGUCCAACUCCGUUAAAUUUGUCUGAUGUGGCAGUCAACCUUCAAAGUUAACCGUUAACUCAGUGACGUGACAAUUAAAAAGUAAUAAAUAAAAUAAAUUUUA